CCUAAUCCAUUUACUAAUUUUGGGCAGACAACAGCACACUCAUCGGAGAGCAGUACCUGCGGCGAUGUGAGAGUAAAUACCAUGCACACAUGAAACUCAGCGACCUGUUGACCUUCAAGGGUGUGCGGGGUCCAGGUCUGCUCCAGAGAUGUGACCCAGACGGUUCCUUUGCCGGCAUUCAGGGCGACGCUACGACACCCUGCUACGACAAGUAUGAUAAUGUCAUCAAUGAACACAAACCCUCUGGUGGGGGCUGCCAAUGUGCUAGGGAUAUCCAACUGUUCAAGGACAACAACAUACUACUGGAUAUCCAAUGCCGGGUUAGCACUGGCAUCUACGAUACCAAACAGCAGAGAGAUGGCCUUGCUUUCUGUGUAGACGACGAUGGAAUUCGCUCCGGCCCUUUGGUGUUCGUACAGUACAUUGAGUAUCUCGGGUGUAACAGUUCUAUGAAGUGUCAGAACGGCAAUAAUGAUAUCUGUGACGGUGCCUGCUCGGGCUGCAGUAAUGAUGCCUACUACUACUACCAAGCAGAACAGACCUACUUCAAGUACAAAUAAUGACUGGCUUACUCCAGUACGAGUAGUGACUGAAGUACGCCAAGUAGGAACAGUGACUGAAGUACGCCAAGUAGGAACAGUGACUGAAGUACGCCAAGUAGGAACAGUGACUGAAGUACGCCAAGUAGGAACAGUGACUAGCCUACCUCAAGUACGAACAGUAACCAGCUUACCCCAAGUGACAUCUGACAUCUGCACCAAUCUCGUUCUUCCCUGAUCAUCGGUGAUGAAUUUCCCUCAUUCUUUUCCUGAGAGACUUACCAUGUUCAGUCCGCUGGACAAUUAAUCAGUCGUG